AUGGUCGCAGAGAACGUCUCGAUAGGAAUCCUGUCCCUGCCGUCGGCUGUUGCCACCUUGGGGCUGGUCCCGUCUAUAAUCUUGCUCCUUGGGAUAUCUGGUAUCUCCUGGUACACCGCCUAUGUCAUCUGCCACUGUUGUUCUUGGUGUUCGUUAUGGCCAGCCAUAUCUUGCUUGACCUCUACGGUUCUGAUGAAUGUGCUCACCGACCAUGGUACUUGUACAAUUGUCUUUGGUGUCAUUUCACUAGUUGUCAGCUGUGUUGGAGCACUGCCUCGCACCAUGGGCAAGGUUUACUAUCUGUCAAUUGCAUGUCAAAUUCUUAGCAUUGUGGCAGCGACAGUGGCGACCAUGAUUGCCGUUGGUGUUGAGUUAAAGGGCUCAAUCCCUAUUGCCGCUACCACUCAUCUCAGUUUCAACGAGGACCUACCCUUGCUCUUACUUACCACAUUCUAUCCCACAGUCGGCCACGCCUCAUUCUUCGGAUUCAUCUCCGAGAUGGACAAGCCUCGAGAAUUCCCCAACGCUUUAUCGGUCCUCCAAAUCAUCGAUACGUCCCUGUACCUAGCCAACGCGGUGGUUAUCUACCGUUACGUCGGCGAAGACGUUCAGUCUCCGGCCUUAGGCUCUGCAGGGCCCCUAAUGAAGAAAGUGGCAUACGGGCUCGCUAUCCUAACUGUCCUCAUCGCCGGCAUAGUCAACGGCCACAUCGCAUCUAAAUACGUCUACGUGCGUAUCUUCCGUGGAUCGCACCACAUGCAGGAAAGCAGCUUGCUCUCCGUCGGCUCGUGGGUCGCCAUCGGGAUCAUCCUGUGGAUCCUCGCAUGGGUCAUUGCCGAGUCAAUCCCGGUCUUCAAUGACCUCUUGAGUCUAAUCACCGCACUCUUCGGUUGCUGGGUUACCUAUGGCUUCCCCGCACUAUUUUGGUUUCUCCUAAACAAGGGCUCUUGUUUCUCAUCAGCCAAGAAAAUCUUCCUCACUGUCUCUAAUCUGUUUAUUUUGAUCAUGGCUAUUACUAUUUGUGGCCUGGGGCUGUAUGUCUCUGGUGAUGCUGUUAGCAAAACUUCUAGUGAUGCGGAUUGGACGUGUGCGAAUAACGCUUCGUGAGCCUUGCAGAUGAGGUUACUUGAUGGAAGCUAUUUCUGUCCACUUGAGUGUAAAUUUGUGCUUGUGUGUGUUUUAUG